UUCUUUGUUCUAGACCAAGUUUUGUAAAUUUUUUCCUGUUUACUAGGUUGCUUUCAAGAUGUACUUGGGAAUUACACCAAGUGUGACCUGUAACAAUUCAAGCAGAAAUGAAUUUUCCCUGAUUCCAGACAAGAAUCCUCUGGUGGAGUUUGUGGAAGAGCUCCCUGCUGGGCGAUCUUCUCUGUGCUACUGCAGUUUACUCUGUGGGAUUAUCAGAGGUGCCCUGGAAAUGGUUCAUUUAGCUGCUGAUGUUACAUUCUUGCAAAACAGACUAAAAGGCGACAGUGUGACAGAAAUAGGAAUAACAUUUCUGAAAAAGCUGGGUAAGGAAAAAUACAGAUGGAAAAAAUGAAGAAUAGCAUGCAAAAUGCCACAGGCUGGCUGGUUGAGCAGUUAAUAUUAGCUACACAUAUAGAGCCAUAGAAGUUUUGAAUUGUUUAAUAGCAGGGGAUUUAAAAGACUUAUAAAUCAGCCAGAAAUUUGAAAUGCAGGGCACUAAGAUUUAAAGCUGUUUUUUUCUUUGCUUGUA